AUGAAUGUAACAUCUGCCAACAUCACCAUGGUUACAUCCUACCGGGAUUCCUUUGUCAAAGCUGUGACCAAAAAUGUGGUCGUUGUGAUUCUGGGGUUCUUCAUCAUCUACAUCAGUGCAAACAUCAUUCACACCUUCCGAAAUCAUCAGAUUUUCUACAUGAGUCCUCGGUACAUCCUAUUCAUCCAUCUAGUGGUCAACGACAUGAUCCAGCUGACACUGACACUCGUCCUCUUCCUCCUCAGCUACAUCAUCUACAAAAUAAAUGUCCCCAUCUGUUGUGUAUUAACGCUGCUUGCAAUUUUCACGACUGAAAACACUCCUCUGAAUCUGGCUUGCAUGGCAGUGGAGUGCUACAUCGCCAUCUGCCUCCCUCUUCGUCACUCUCAGAUCUGUACAGUCAGGAGAACACUGAUGCUGAUUGGUCUUAUUUGGAUAAGAAGCAUGUGUUUCACUUUUCCUGAUCUCUUCUUCACCCUGGCCACAGAGUCCAUAACGUUUUUUAAAUCCAAAGUGUUUUGCGUCAGGGAGACCAUUUUCCCAAGUCCUCACUUGAUAAGGAAGAGGGACAUUAUCAACAUAGUGUAUCUGAUUACUAUAAGUUUGACUAUUGCUUACACUUACUUCAGGAUUCUGUUUACUGCAAAAUCUGCUAAAGAAGGUGCAAAGAAAGCCAGGAACACGAUCCUCCUCCACGGCUUCCAGCUGCUGCUGUGUAUGGGUGCAUAUGUAACUCCACUGUUAAAACCUGCUCUAAAAGAAUGGUUCCCUGAGAAUUACCCAGACUCCCUCUUUGCUUGUUACAUUAUUGUGCAGAUUUUGCCGCGAUCCAUCAGUCCAAUAAUCUACGGCAUCAGAGACAAUACCUUCAGGAGGUAUAUCAGAAAGCAAUUAUUGUGUAAAGGGAACAUACAGUAA